AUGCACUUUUCUCCUCCCGCGUCUUCAUUGAGGAGGUCCGCAUGCAUUGCGCCCCAGUUGCGCACGUCUGCAGCCCAUUUCUCAACAUCCACCACCCGCCAGACUCGCAACCAAGUAUUCGACCGUGUCCGUGACCCAGCUUCGCUCAGCACCUAUCUCUCUCUCUCGGCCAAGUCCUCCACACCUCUUCUCACUCUCUUCACGGCGGGUUAUUGCCCGACGUGCCGCCAUGUCCUCCCCCUGGUGAAACAGCUCGUCUCCUCGGGUGUCGGUGACGAUGCAACCACCAAUGGCGUCAACUUUGCCGAGGUCGAGUUUGAUGCGCCGGACAACAUGGAGCUGGGGCAGCGCUACAUGAUCACCAGCCUGCCGACGCUUCUGGGCUUUGAUGGACGACGGGAAGAGGUGGUGGCGCGGCUGGUGGAUGGACGCAAGCUGGCGGACAAGCAGUUCCUGGAAGAGUGGAUCUGGGAGCAGGCCAAAAGAGGAGGCGGAGGUGGUGGUGGAGGGAGCAGUGGUGAGCAGGGUUUGUUCGGGGGGCUGUUUGGGAGCUGGAAGUCGCAAUGA